AUGGGAAUAACGUUUCAUGGGUAUAAGCAAGGAAUGUUCUUUUGCCCAACGACUAGCGAGGAGCAGAAUCGCCUAGACCCGCAGCAGGGGGUAUUCCGGCUGCUUCUGGGCGGGUAUUUCGUGGUCGCGACGGUAGGGAAGCUAAAGUACGUCUUGGACGUAGCCGCCUGGACCGGCAUCUGGGCUCUGGACCUCGCGGGGCAGAAUCCAGACUGUACCGUCAUCGGCACGGAUCCCAGCCGCAUCCAGCCCUCCAACCAGUCUCCUAAUUGCCAGUUUGCCGGCGAAGACUCGGAGGACCCCUGGAUCUUUCCCGUCAAGUUCGACUACGUGCACCUGUGCGCCGUGGUGAAGUGUUUCGAAGACGUACGAACGGUAAUGCGCCACGCCUUCAACAUGAACGAAGGCGGGUGGAUUGAGCUUCAAGACCUGGUUCUUCAUCUCUACGGCGACGAUCAAUCAUUCGAAGGAAUGGCUAUUCAAAGAUGGACGUAG